AUGCUCCAGUAUGGCAGGGAAAACAAUGGCAUGAGGAAAGGGUGGACAUUACAUCUUGACCAACAUCAGGGCUCACAGUUGAGAAACUAUCUUAGAUCUCAGAUGAGUCUUUGGACUUUGUUUAAGUUGAUCAAGACUGUGGGGACCUUUAAAGUUGGACUGAGUGCAAUUUGCAUUGUAUCUGUGGGGGCCAGGGCCGAGUGUUGUGGUUUUAGUGUAAAUGGUCCCAUAGCCUCAGGAGUUAUAUUACUUAUGAUAUGGAUUGUACUCUUGUCACUCUCAGGCAAUUCAGCUCUCCCUGGAGGAACUAUAUUUGGAUUGUUAAUUAUUUCUUAUAGUGCCUUCCUUGGGGGAAAACUUUUAGAAUUCAUUAAAAUACCUUUAAUGCCUCCACUUCCACCUCUUCUUGGGAUGUUACUGGCUGGUUUCGUUGUCAGGAAUAUUCCAUUUAUCAGUGAACAUGUCACUAUUCCUAGUACAUGGUCUUCAGCUUUAAGAAACUGUGCCCUAACUGUUAUCCUAAUACAUGCUGGGUUUGGAAUGGAUCCACAGGCUUUGAAGCAUUUGAAGGGAGUUUGUUUAAGAUUGUCUUUCGGCCCAUGCAUCAUUGAGGCGUGUUCAGCUGCUGUUUUCUCACACUACAUUAUGAAGUUUCCUUGGCAAUGGGGAUUUCUCUUAGGUUUUGUCCUAGGUGCCGUCUCUCCUGCCGUUGUAGUCCCUUCCAUGCUGCUGUUACAGAAAAAUGGGUUUGGCAUCAAGGAAGGCAUUCCAACUUUACUGAACGCAGCUAGCAGUCUGGACGAUAUUGUCGCUAUCACUGGAUUCAACACAUUCUUGAGCAUAGUUUUUGCCUCAGGUACCGUAAUCAACCAUAUCUUAUCAUCUUUGCGGGACAUAUGUAUUGGUAUCGUGUUAGGUAUUACCAUGGGAUUUUUUGUUCAACAUUUUCCAAGCGGAGAUCAGGAAAGACAUACACUGAAGAGAGCCUUCCUUGUCCUGAGUAUAUGUGUCUCUGUCGUCUUAGGCAGCCAUCACAUUGGCUUACAUGGAUCAGGAGGGUUGUGCACACUAGUGAUGUCUUUCAUGGCAGCAACAAAGUGGGCUGAAGAGAAGGAUAGUAUCCAAAACAUUAUUUCACAUGCAUGGAGUAUUUUUCAACCUCUUCUUUUUGGCUUAGUGGGAUCAGAAGUAGCUGUUGACUCUCUUGAAUCAAAUUCUGUUGGCACUUGCAUUGCUACCCUGAUUUUGGCAUUAUGUGCUCGGAUUCUAGCCACAUUCGCAUUGAUGUCGUUUGCAGGGUUCAGUUUUAAGGAGAAAAUAUUUAUUGCUUUAGCAUGGAUCCCUAAAGCUACAGUCCAGGCUGUAUUAAGUCCUCUGGUUCUAGAAACAGCAAGGCUCAGCGCACCCCACUUGGAAUUUUAUUCAAGGGAUGUGAUGACAAUGGCCUUUUUAGCCAUCUUGAUCACAGCUCCAAAUGGAGCUCUCCUGAUUGGCAUACUGGGACCCAGAAUGCUUAAACACAGUGACACAAGCAAAAUAACAAUGCCUAUGAAAAGUUUUGAAUAUCAUUAA